ACCUGUUGUUGUUGGAUGUUACACCUCUUUUUCUUGGACUUGAAACUGCUGGUGGUGUCAUGAUUGUGUUGAUCCCCAGAAAUACCACUAUCCCAACAAAGAAAGAGCAGGUCUUCUCAAUACCUACUCAGACGAUCAGCUUGGUGUGUUGAUCCAGGUCUAUGAAGGUGAGAGAACUUGCUUCUAUUUGUCUCGUUGGUUUUAGAAGUCCAGCCUGUAUGCUUCGUGGUCAUCAAAUUUUCGGACAAAUCACGGCGACUACUGCAAAGAUACUACAAUCAGCUUCUUUGGAAUGAGUGCAGGGGGAGCAUUUGGUGGAAAUAGAGGAGUGAGACCGGUUCCACCAGAGAAAGGAGUUUUCCCGUUGGAUCACAUGCAUUUAUGUGACCUGGAGAAGAAGGAAUACCUCGGUUGUCUUAAAUCUACUGGACAAAAGAACAAGAUCACCAACGACAAGGGCAGACUCUCCAAGGAGAAGAUUGAGAAGAUUGUUUCAAACCAUAGAGUGACUUACACAAUCGACAUACAAGGCUACAAACUCCCCCUGAGCAACAAAACUAGGUGGUUGCUCCAUCUAGAAUUUUUUCUCACAAUGCAGUGGUCGCCGGAAAGUGCUCAAAAUCUAGUAUAA